GAUUUUCGAAUGUUCGCCAACAAUCGGCCGCUCGCCAGCACCGCUUUGUGAGGAGGUGCUUUAUUAUUAGCAUUUCCUCCAUAUAUCGAGCAUGAUCACGAAGAGAAAGCGAGAGCGGGAGGAGGUAUAUUUGCCGUCCAAGCGUCUGGCCAUUGAUGCCGACGCCACAGCAGAUGAGACUGUUGUAUACGGAUUUGAGCUUGAUGAACAGUCAUCAAUAGCUUCGAGCACCAACUUCGACGAUGGCUUAGACGGUAGCUUCAACGGGAACUCCACGCCCGCCUCGACAAUAGUAACAAUCAAGCCAACACAUGGCCAGUCUGUGGCACCACCACCCUCGACAUCGACCACCCGAAAGGUCUUCCCAUCCAUGCUGAAGACAAUCAAGUGUACAUUUUCAGGCUGUGACAAGACUUUCAAUAGACCUGCUCGCCUGGCCGCCCAUCUACGAACUCACACUGGCGACCGGGCGCUUAGAUGUCCGCACGAUGGCUGUGACAAAGCUUACUUUGACGAAAAGCACCUGCAGCAACAUAUCAAGGGGUCACAUUCCACCGAGAGGCAGUACUUAUGUCCCGAGCCGGGCUGUGGCAAGACUUUCCUGACCGGAACCCGCCUCCGCCGUCACGCCGUCGUGCAUUCGGGCGAAGGCCGCUUUCGCUGCACGGGCUAUGAUGGCUGCGACAAGGUCUUCCGCAAGCACCAGACACUUCAACGACAUGUGCGCGCUGACCACCUGGGUCAAUCUGCAUUCGUUUGCGCUCAUGAUAACUGCGACGCCGGCUUCGACACGGCAAGCGCGCUACGAAAGCAUGUGCAGCGGGAGCAUGGCGAGCUGCGCUUCUGGUGCGAGGAAUGCGGCAAGGAGGACGGAGACGCUGGAAGGCGGACUGGUUUCACGACUAUGGGCUUACUGAACGCACAUAUGCGUACAUGCCACGUCGAUUGCAUGUUUUGCGAAACCAGGUGUGCCAGCCAGUGGGAGCUGGAGCGACAUAUCGAAAUGCAUCACUCCGGAUCCACAACCUCGGACCGCAAAACCGUUCCGUGCACGUGGGAGAACUGUGACAAGAAGUUCACACGGAAGGCGAAUCUCAAUGUGCAUAUCAGGAUGGUCCAUGAGGGCUACCGCUUUGUCUGUGGGGAUUUUGACCUUUCGGAGGUUUCCGAUUUAGCAUCAUGGGAUCGGGUUCGAGAGGGUUGUGGCAAUGGGUUUGCUAGCAAGAAGAAGCUUGAAGACCACGUGCGUGUGGCGCACCUGGGGAUGCAAAAGCCCCCAAGAACCGUGCGCCUCAACCAUGAGAGCCCCAUUAAGUCGGCCGGUCUCUUCAACAUGUACGCCUCUGCUGAGCAGCUCAUUCCUCAACCUGAAGCGUUUUUAAAUACCUGUCAGUCUGGACCGGACUUGCGCUCUCAGUUUACAUGCGAGUUCCCAGCCUGUCCACAAGAAUUUGCAACGUCAGAAGAGCUCGAUGCUCAUGCUGUCGCGUUCCACCUGAGUCAGGAUCAUUCCCAGGAAAUAUCUGCUUCUGACACACAGUGGAACGAUUGGAACUGUAUGGUUGAUUACCAUACUUCAGCCCAGCCAACGAGUGGAGAUGCAGAGGUUGACGCAAUAUUCGACUGCCACGGGUCUGAGCCGGUAAAUAUUCUUGACGCAAGCUCCGGUGAUAUUGAUCAUAGUUUAGAGGCUCUGGUUGAUCCUAGUCUUUUCCUCAGCUGA